GUCGCGGGCUUUGUUUUGAUCUGGCGGCAGCGUUCGAAACUCUCAUGUGCUUCUAACAACGCACGUUUCUCCCGUUAACCUGAGAUCCUGCUGCUUGGACGUCAUGACUUCGCCGUCCGGGCUUCCGUACUCGCAGACACGCUGGAUGCAGAGCGGCUCCAGAGCGGACCUGCUGCCGGGCCUCUCCCCGGGGGGACAGGGGACCGGGACCGGGGCCGCCAGGCCGGGGAGGCCGGCAGAGGGAGGGCUGGAGGAGAUGGAGGAGAUGGAGGAGGAUCUGCCCAUCAUGAUGGAGCUAGAACAGUUGCGGAAAUGGCAGCAACACAUGCACGAGCAGCUAAAAGCCCAUCAGCUGGAGGAGCUGCUCCGCCUCCAGGAGGAGCAGCAGAGCCUGCUGGGAAUGAUGAAUGGAUCCCAACACGGCACAGGAGAUGACUCAGAGACUUCAGGGCUGUCAGGAGCAGAAUGGGAGGACAGCCCAGUCCAGGGAGCCCGUCACUCCAGAGUGACCCCAUACAGCCCCACCAUGAACUGCCGUGGAGUCCCUCUGGGCUCCACCUGUGGCCCCCGACAGGAACAAGAGCCCGCACCUGCAGAGAGUCAGGAGUGGCUACUAAGACGUGAAGAUUGUCAGGAGGUGGACGAUGAACAAGAGGACUCGUGGAGCUCCAGAGGAGAAGAUCAGGAGCAGAGUGUUGAUAGAAGCCAUUUUCACGAGCAUGACGACACGUUGAUACAGAGCAAUGGUGUCGCUGUGACUGAAGACGACAGCAGAGAAGAAGAAGAAGAAGUCUUUAAUGACAGACCUAUAAAGCCGGGUAUCGGGGGUCAGAAGAAGAAGACGUUUGAGGAGUUGUUGGAGGAGCAGCUGAGGAUGGAGGAGCAGAGGCUGAAGUCUGCCCGGCAACAGCAGAGCCACGGUGGACCUGGAGCUGUACAAGCCCCCCCCAAGAGGGCCUUUCUGAAGCGAGGCGAGGGCCUCUCAAGAUUCACCAACAACCGCAAAACCUCGUUACCAAAAGGGGGGUCGAAGAAGGAUCCCAAACCACAUCUCCAGACCAGAGGGAUCUCCCGCAGCAAGUCCGAGCCGGCAGCUAUCCAGAGAGGCGGCGUGAACGGCGUCCAGCGUAAAACCGCCACGCUCAACAAGGAAAACCGAGCCAGAGGUCUCAGUUCACCACCUCAGGACGUCAGAGUGGAGAGCAAAGCAGCACGGAUGAAGGUUUUGGGAAGUCAUCAGAGACAGAACACAGAAGGACCAGAGUCGGUUCAAAGUGACCCACAGGGAAGACAAACCAAACAACAUCCAGUGAGGAGCCUCAAGGAGCAGAACGUUAGGACUGUGGGUCUGUCGGCUCAGAUCAGGAGGCCCAACACACAGCCCAACCCUGUCACCAAACAGGUGGGCGUGAUGAGAGCGCCGGAGAGGGAGAGGGCUGCACAUGACGCUGCUACAGAGAAGAGCUCUGGUUCAACAGUGGAAUCAGCAGAGGGAAGUACGGGGUCGGAGGGAGGAGACGACGCUCCACAGGACUCCUUUGAGGUGUCCUUCCAGGAGAAGCUCCAGCGUUGGGACUGUGACCUGCAGCUGGAGAACAUGGAGCUGGGAGAGUUUGAGCUGCUGGAGCAAGCUGCCGAGGAGCUGUCCUUCUCAUCCAACUCCUCCUUUGUCAUGAAGGUUCUUCAGAUGGACCAGCAGCACAGGGGGCUCGACCCACGAAGGCUCUCCUCCACCCCCAUCAAGUCCCCACCCAGAGGUGCCCACCAGAGGUGCAGCAGCGUUGGUGGUAGCAGUGGUUUGGCCCUUAAAAGCAGUUCUGUGAACCCUGAAGCAUUCGUGGUGAAGAUGAGAGCCGAUGCAGUGAAGAACGAGGACUCUGAUGCUUCCACCUGCAGCGGCGCUGAGCAGGAACAGCAGGAAGUGGCGGUGAAACCCCCUCCGUUUCCCAGCGCCUUUAGCUUUCCCGCACAGUCCAACCCGCCGUACGACAAGCGGUCGUAUCAGGACGAGGAGAGCUGCGAGGAUUCGGCGUCGGACGCGUCACGAGUCGACGAUGUCGUCCCCGACAACGCUGACGAGUCCACGCUGAUCGAGGACACCGACGGGCAUCAGGGCGGAGUCGUGUUUGACGACGACGACACGUGGAACGACCUGGAGGACGCCGCGGCCUGCUCAUCCAAUGACAGUCGAGGAGUUAGUCCGGCCAAUGGGAUCCCACCGCCGGCGAGGACGCUGUCGAGGAAGGUGGCGGUGAGCAAAGUGGUGGAGGUGGAUGAGGUCACGGAUCCUCCUCCUCCUCUUCCUCCUGCCUCUCAGCUCAUGACGAGGUUGUUCCCCUCGCUGAAGCCAAAGGCCCAGAAUGCACCUCUCCCUCCUCCUCCUGCUCCUCCUGCUUCUGUUGCUCCCGAGUCAGAAGAAGGCCAGCAGGUCCAGUCCAGACAGCUGAGGGAGCGGCUGGUGGAGCUGGAGAUCGAGAUCGAGAGGUUUAAGAAGGAGAACGCUGCUCUCUGCAAACUCAGACAGGAGAACGAGAAACACCAGGAACUUCUCAGGAAAGAGCGUCUGGAGUUUGAGCAGACGAAAGCGGAGGAGCUGGCCAAGUUCGAGGAGUACAAGAAAGAGGAGAACAGGAAGCUGCAGAAGGAACGCAAACUGUUUGAGAAGCACGCCACGGCCGCCAGAGCCAUCCCCGACAAGAAGGAGAGAGAGGAGAUCCAGGUGCUGAAGCAGCAGCUGAGCUCCCUGCAGGAGGAGCUGAGGGGGAGGGAGAGCCGCUGGGCCUCCUCACACAGCCGGCUGAGGAAUCAGAUCGACUCCCUCGGCCAGGAGAACGGGUCUCUACGGGACGAGAUCCGUAUGUUGGAAACGCUCCGGCUCAGCGCCUUUAAGAAGAACCCCGUCGAUGCAGAGAAGGACAAAGAAACGAAAGACGGUCCCAAAAUAUGUGAGAACAAUGUGACGGCUGUGACCAAAGGAGUGAAAUUCGCUAGUCCUCUGGACUCCAGAGGAGGACUCGGCAGCAUCAGUCCUCCUCAGAGCAGCACGGCCACCAGGAGGAGCUCCAGGGAGAGCAGCCAGGGCUCUGCAGCCGGGAUAAAGAGCAGCCUGAGGAGGCCAUCAGCACCAUGCUUCUCCUCCUCCUCCUCCUCGUUGCCUGGCAGGAGGACGGAUGAGAGGCCAACGUCGGCCAGCAAGAGCCAGGACAAACCGCCACACCAAGAACCCUCACACGACUGCUCUCCGAAAAGUGUUUCUCUGCCAAAAGAACCGGAGCGCAGCGAGGACAAAGAGCCCGAGUCAGCUGGGGAGGUUCUGACACACUCUGAUGGGAAGACAGAGACGGUUCUGGCCGGCGGCGACCGACUCAUCGUCUUCAACAACGGAACCAAGAAGGAGGUUUCAGCGGACGGACAGACGGUCAAAGUCACCUUCUUCAACGGGGACACCAAGGAGGUGACCGCCGACCAGAGAGUGAUCUACUUCUACGCUGAGGCUCAGACGACACACAUCACCUACCCAGACGGCGUGGAGGUCCUGCACUUCCCCAACAACCAGACCGAGAAACAUUUCCCAGACGGCCGUAAAGAAAUCAUCUUCCCGGAUCAGACGGUGAAGAACUUGUUCCCCGACGGCCGGGAGGAGAGCGUGCUGACGGACGGAACCGUCAUACAAGUCAACCCCGACGGCACCAAGGAGAUCCUCUUCAACACGGGCCAGAAGGAGAUCCACACGGCCGGCUACAAGAGGAGGGAGUACCCCGACGGCACCGUGAAGACGGUCUACGCCGACGGCAGGCAGGAGACCCGAUACCCCACCGGACGGGUCAGGAUCAAAGACAAGGACGGAAACGUCGUCCACGACAACGGGGCGUAGGGGACACACGGCGCCUCACAGCGGGAAAACACAGAUCUGAUUCUCAGAGACAGACUUAUUCAUUCCAGAUCACUUCAAGGUGCUGCAAAAAUCAAA